GUCAGGAAACCCCCGUCGACGAAGACGUGAGCUUUGCCGUUUCAGAAGUUGACAUCUUCGUGAGUCAUUCCUGGUCUUCCGAUUCCUGGGCCAAGUAUUUUGCGCUGUGCCGCGAGUUGAACCUGCACAAGGCCUUGGAAGCCUUGUCCGUGCUCUUGGUCCUCGCUUUUCCCCUUUUCCCUCUACGCGGCAUCGACCCAAAAACUGGCUUUGAUGCAGAGACCACCCUCUUCGUCGCACUCUGUUGGCUUUCGGCUAUUUUUGUGUACAUUGCCGUGCUUUUUUUCGGCCAUCAUCUGCACAUUGGAUUUUGCGGGCCCCGCAAUCCGACAUUGUGGGUGGACAGGCUAUGCAUUGAUCAAAGCGAUGCCGCACAAAAAGCUACCGGCAUCAGGGCCCUUCCUUUCUUCGUGACGCAAUCCUCGGAGUUUUUGAUGUUAUAUGACGGGAGCUAUCUAGACAGGCUGUGGUGUGUAGUAGAAUUGGCAACUUUCGUGAAAAGUUCGAGUUGCGAGCAUGUCUGCUUCGUUCCAUUGUGGCUGCCUCGCUGGCUGGUAACCACUAUGUGGCUGGACAUCUUGCAAGGUUGCAUUUGCAUCGCUGCUCUUCUCGCAUCGUGUGCAUCAUCGCCACAGAAACUCUCACCACUUGCAUCAGAUCGUGCCCUAAACCACUUCUUGAACAACCUCCUGCUGGUGGUCGUCUUGCUUCCGGGCUACAUCGUUGUUCUGGGGCCGUCGAUGUGGGCACUGGGCCGAAAAGCCCAGGGCCACGAGGAGAUGCUGCGACAGUUUGCAGCCUUCGAUAUCCGCAACUGCAGUUGCUCCGACGAAUCCGACCGGCAACCCUUGGAAGCACUGAUUGCGGAGCUCUUUACGGAGGAUGAUGUUUCGAGUGCUUCCAUCGAGGUUGUAGGUUCCGCCGUCUCGGACUCCAGUGAAUCCACGACCUCGCUCUCAGAGGACUGGCAUGGCUACAGGUCCUUAGUCAGAUGCGGAUCGCUCUCUGCCGAUGAGGGCCCAGGCCGUUUGUCGCAAGAGCCACGGAAGGAGGGCUCAGGGGGCAACUGUGGCCUGGAAGCCUUCAAUGCAUACGUCCGAGGCCCCCUGCGGCAAGCCUUGAUGGACAAACUCGGCGAUGAGACCUCCCUCAGUUUUCGCACCUGCUUCGCGGCGUUUGUGCCUGGCAGCUCCUUCUUCUUGCUGAACACCCUCGCGGUGGAUGGAGCUCACUCCGCGGCCUUCGACUUUCCACAGGGCUCCGAGAAGUGGAUCCUUUGUUUGGUUGAGGCGGCAAUUAUGAAUCUCAUGGUGACCCCAGUGCUGCUGCCCAACUUGCUGUAUCUUACGCACAGCGUCUACGGAUCCGUCAGACCUGGGUUCCUCCAGUCGCUCCUCACGCUUGUCGGUGGCUUUGUGGUGAGUACCUUGGUAAUCUUCUUGGGCGUUGCUGCGUUGGGAGCGCUCGAAGCGGUGGUCUUGACACGCUCUCUCAGGUGGUUGGUGGUGUUUCUCUUUCUCAUGGGCCUCAUUCUGGCAAACUUCUGCUUUCACUUCUGGCAUGCUGAUAUGAUACGCAUCUUGCGUCGUUGUAAAUCCCUCUUGGGACUCCAAGCUUAA